AUGAUAUUCCUAGACUUCCAUAACCCUGCCGUCGAGUCACUCCUCCUUUCCCGAUUCAACGCUGCGAAACAAGGGCUGAAACAUGAAAAAAUGGACUAUACAGUCGCUGAUUUUGACCGAGUAAUUUAUCGCUUGCACACUGUGGAGGGUGACAAGUCAAAACUUAUGGUCAGCCUACUGGUAAAUUUCUUCGACGAACUGCGGGAAUACGACGUUGAAGGCCUCCUGCGUCGUGAGUACGGCGAGUACCUUUGUUCCGAGCCACAGCCG